AUGUGGACUGUGCCAAAGCCCAAGUACGGCCCCGAAGUGUGCGCUGAAGGGCAGAUCUCCGUGAACAUUGGCGGGGUUCGACUGGUCCUGUUCGGGGACGUCCUGAGCCGUUUCCCGGAGAGCAGGCUGGCGGAGCUGCUCACAUGCUCCAAGAAAAACUACAAAGGCAUUUCAAGUCUUUGCGACGAUUUUGACCCCAACAGGAAAGAGUUCUACUUUGACCGUGACCCAGACGCGUUCCGGUGCAUCCUGGAUGUUUAUUAUUUUGAUGAAAUACACAUUAAAAACGGAAUCUGUCCGAUCUGCUUCAUCAAGGAAAUGGAGUUCUGGAAAAUCGACCCGCACGUUUUGGACGAGUGUUGCAAAAGUUAUUUGAGUGAAAAAGAAGAAGAGCUGAAGGAGAUCUCCAGUAAAGUGACGGUGAUUCUGGAGGACCUGGAGGUGGAACGGUGCGUGACGCGUGGCCAAAAGUGCCAAAGGUUUUUCUGGCUCCUCAUGGAAAAGCCUGGCUCCUCUUUGGCAGCGCGCGUCAUUGCGAUUGCUUCUUUCCUGUCAGUCCUGAUUUCUGCGGUGGUGAUGUGCGUGGGGACCAUCCCGGAGCUGCAGGUGACAGACGCGGAGGGGAAACUUGUUGAACACCCGACCCUGGACGCCAUAGAGACCGCGUGCAUGGCGUGGUUCUCGGCGGAGUACGUGCUGCGUCUCUCCUCCGCUCCCAACAAACUCCACUUCGCCUUCUCCAUUAUGAACAUGAUCGACUUCAUGGCAAUCAUUCCUUUCUACGUGGUCCUGACCCUCACGUAUCUGGGCACGGCGUCCAUGAUGGAGCUGGCCAACGUGCAGCAGGCGAUCCAAGCUCUGCGCAUCAUGAGGAUUGCGCGUAUCUUCAAACUGGCGCGUCACUCCGCCGGACUCCAGACCCUGACGUACGCGCUGAAGAAGAGCCUGAAGGAGCUCGGCCUGCUCCUCAUGUACAUGGGGGUGGGGAUAUUCGUCUUCUCAUCCCUGGCCUACACCAUGGAGCAAAGCCAUCCCGAGACCCUGUUCAGAAGCAUCCCUCAUUCUUUCUGGUGGGCCAUCAUCACCAUGACAACGGUGGGCUAUGGAGACAUCUAUCCCAAGACCACCCUGGGGAAGUGCAACGCUGCGGUCAGCUUCCUCUGCGGGGUCAUCGCCAUCGCGCUCCCGAUCCACCCCAUCAUCAACAACUUUGUCAUCUUCUACAACAAGCAGCAGGUUCUGGAGAUCGCAGCGAAGCGCAAAGUGGAGCUGAUGGAGAAGAAGUCCUCCCCAGAGAUGAAGAGGAGGAAGAGCGAGGAGCAAGACACGAUCAAGUCAGACACAGAGUAA